UAAAUGCGUCAUGUAUGUCGUUAUUAAUUUCCGCGAUGUUUUUACAAAUAAUGAAAAGAGUACUUGAUUCGUGAGAUUGUUAAGUUCACGUCAUAAUACACUUCCUAGAGAAGGAUUUACCUUGAAUUAAUCUGUUAUCUCUCGGCAUACGUUUCAAGUUAAAGAUAAAAAAAAGUGUUUCUUUCUUUUUGUGGUCAUAACAUUAGGAAUUUUCUCUAAAGUAGAAAAAUAAAAAUGCAAGGUUUGAAGAAAUAUUUCCCUCUGUUUAGUAGAUAUCUAAAACAGACAUCUUUCAUUAAUUAUAGAAACUGUAGUGCUAACGCAUUUGUUCCAUUUUAUGAAAGAUUUUUUCAGUAUUCCAACAAUGUUGCUGUUAUAGAUGAUAAAGGCUCUUUUAAGUAUGGCGACAUUUUGUGUUCAAGUCAUUUGUUAGCCAAACAAAUUGAAGCUUUGCUUCCAAAUUGCAAAGAGACAUGUGAAAGAAUUCCCUUCUUAUGCCGGAGCGAUUCAUCUUACGUAUCGGUUCUUCUUGCUUGUUGGAUAAGUGGAAAUAUUGCAGUUCCUCUUUGCAGCAACCAUCCACCUGCUUUAUUGGAGUAUUAUCUGAAGGACUGUCAAAGCAAACUUGUCAUUUCAGAUGAGUACUUCGCCGAUUCGGUGAAAACUUUAAUAGCUAAUUCAAAUUCCCAUUACCUAUUGGCAAAUGCUGUUAAUGAAACCUCACAAGAGCAGCAAAAAAAUGAAUUAAGUAAUUCAAAUUUCUUUUCUUGGGACACUAGUUACCAAGAACGAGAUGCACUUAUUGUAUACACGAGUGGAUCAACAGGUCCUCCCAAAGGAGUUGUUUUAACUCAUGGCAAUUUAUUUGCUCAAAUAUUUUCUGUUGUAAAAGCCUGGGAAAUUACAUCAAGGGAUUCAAUACUUCAUGCACUACCUCUUCAUCAUAUUCAUGGAAUAAUGAAUGCACUUCUCUGUCCUUUAAAUGCUGGAGGUACUCUUGUUAUGCUUCCCAAAUUUAAUGCAAAGGAGGUUUGGAAAUAUUUUCUGAGCACAGAUGAUAAGUUACCUAAAGUGAAUUUUUUUUGUGCUGUACCCACUAUGUAUUCCAAAUUACUUCAAGAGUCAGAAGAAAUGCCAGCCAGUGAAUGUGAAAAAAGGAAAAAGUUGAUGGGAAGAAUGAGGUUAAUGUCUAGUGGUUCUGCUGCCCUUCCAGAAACUGUGUUUUAUGGCUGGGAAAACAUUACAGGUCAUCGCUUAUUAGAACGAUUUGGCAUGUCUGAAAUAGGGAUGGCCUUGGCCAAUCCCUUGCAUGGUUCAAGACUGCCAGGAACAGUCGGUAAGAUACUGCCCAAUGUAGAAGUAAAAAUACAGUGUCUUGAUGAAAAAUUAGGAAAAGAAUGUGUUUUAGUGCAAGGAAAUUAUGAAAAUGUUAAUUUACAUCCAAAUUCUGAAGGGAAACCUGGUGAACUGAUGAUUAGAGGACCAAAUGUUUUUAAAAAAUAUUGGAAUAAAGAAAAGGCUACUUCUGAAUCAUUUACCGAAGACAGAUGGUUUAAAACAGGGGAUACUGCAUGUUAUGAGAAUGGAUAUUUCAAAAUUCUAGGUAGAACAUCAGUUGAUAUAAUCAAAAGUGGAGGCUAUAAAAUAAGUGGUUUGCAAGUAGAAUCUUGUCUUCUAAUGCACCCUAAUGUUGCGGAAUGCACUGUGCUUGGAGUACCAGAUGAUGUGUGGGGUGAAAGAGUUACAGCAGUUAUUGCUUCCAAAGAUGGAAAAGAAAUACCUAGUGAUGAUUUAAAAGAAUUUUGUAAAAAGCAUUUACCAGCAUAUGCUGUGCCAACUAUUACCAAAUAUAUGAAAGAGAUACCAAGGAAUAUAAUGGGUAAAGUAAACAAAAAACAGCUACGGGCAAACCUUAUGGAAAGUAAUCAAUCACUCUAAUUUUAUUUCUGAAUAAUUUGCACAAUUCUUGAACUUUUAUGUUCUUGAUUUAAAACUAAUGAAUGCACUGAAUUUCUGACUAUUUUAGUGUUUAGAUUCUGACAAUGAAAGGAUAUAGUUACAAUUAUGAGGGUUGCCAGAGAAAAAAGUUUUAAAAAGAUAUCUACACAUUUCAGAAGGAAGUCAUCUGAAGUGCAUUUUAUGAAAUUUUAUUCAUAAGUUACAUGUUUUAUUUUCAGGAAGUUUGCACUUUUUUGCUCUUCCAAUUUUUUUCAAAGUAUCAUCAUUUCAAUUUACCACUGUUGAUGUAAUUAUUUUGGUGUUACAAUGAAGAUACCCUUUGAAAAUGUUACAAACCUGUUGAAUUCUGAUUAGGUUACAUUUAAGUAUACGAAGUAUAACCUUUUUUCUCUGAAUAAUUUGGUCAUUUUAAAAAUUCCUACUUUAUUCAAAGUAGUUUGUUUUCACAAUGAACUAUAUGAAGGCUGGGUGAUGUAGCGGUAACAAGACAACAAACAGAUUUUCAAUUUGUCCUUCAGAGAAAAAAAUUUAAGAAAAUGACCUUUCUUAAAUAUUGUUCAUUCUGAGAUAUUAAUUGCAAUGAAAUGUUAAUAAUAAUAUUCUAGUUAUAAUGAGUGUACAAUUCAUAUUUAUAUACUAUGUUUAUUCUAUAUAACUAUAUAUUUCCUAAUUAUUAAAAAGAAAACUGCAUUCUUAGGUAUAAGUGCCUUUCAAAAUAGAAAGAAAAAAGCCAAAAUGGUUGGAGUGCAGCAUUAGUUGUUCUAACACAUUUGCUGAUGCGGAAUUGGCUCCAAGCAAAUACCAGUUGGCACACCAAAUAUACUGAACCAAUUGAAGAGUAGGAGCGGAUUAGCAUCACCUCUCAGAGACAAGAUCAGCAGUUAACAUGUUAAUUAUUGUGACUGAUUGUCACUAUGCAAUAGUCAUUAAAAGUGCUGUUUUACUAAGUUGCUAUUAAACCCAUAAUUGCUUAUAUUCAUUAAAGUUAUACCUUACAUGUUCAGGCAUGUUCAUUCAAGAUGGGUGAAACUGACUCACAAAACCCAAAACCCUGGAAAGAGUUGCAUCCACAUAGAAUUGAGAGAACAGGUGCACAGUCAAAACAGUCUUGAGAAACUGUUGCUUCAUUCCUUUUUUCAAAGUUGAAGUUUUUUGUACUUUUCAUGUUCGUCAGCUCAAUAUGAAAAAAUAUAUACAUAAGGUGAGUUCAGGUAUAGUGCCUAGAAAGAGUAGUGUGCCGACCAGCGCUUUUUUCCCCACGAUUCAGUUGUUAAUUUUACAUACUAUACUAUUUAGUUAAAAGUUUGCAUUACACAAUGUUUUUAAAAUGUUUUACUAUACAGUGAUAAACUUAAUAAAUGUAAUAUCUACUCAUUGUCAAAGCUUUCAGAAAAUUCCCAAAUUUAAUUUCUUUAAGCUAUUUAUAAUUCUGUGAUAAAAUAUUUCUAAUAAAAAAAUAAAUUUUAUA